GUUGUUCUUUGCGCGUGUCUGAGCGGCUGACGGGGGCGUGCCGAGGCGCGCGCACAGGCAGAAAGAUGGCUGAAACUCAGAAGGAGAGAUAAGGGACCAAAUAAAGUGCUAAUUCUGCCAGAAGGUCCAAGAAGAAAGAGGAGAACCGUUCCUGUUGCUGUUGGGACCCGAAUCUGCCGAAAUUUAACGAGAAGCACCGGAAACAUCCGAACGGAACUUCUCCAUGAAACGCAGCAGACUCCAUUUCCCAUCAUGCCUGUUGACAUGGCCAUCAGGAUCUGCCUCGCCAGCUCUCCGCCGCUUCACUCCUUCCUCAGUAACCAUGACAGCCACCCGUACGCGCCCGCUGGCGUGUCUGCGAGCUGCCAGCCGCUGCGUCCGUGCCUGUCCUCCGGAUGCUGCAGCUCGGUCUCCACAGAGAGCCAGGCCUCUGCGGCGGAGCUACCGAGGAGAAGCCUGGGCAAGAGGGUGGUGUUCGCAGACUCUCAAGGUCUAGCGCUCACCACCGUUUACGUCUUCAGCGAGGACGAGGACGACCCGCUGGCUGAGCUGCAGUUCCACCUGACGGAGUUGGAGGGCGCCACUGAAGCAUUGUGCUUGGAAGACAUCAAAGACUCAGCAGAAUCUGGUUCUGGCCUGGUUCUGGACUUUACUCCACCAUCUGCAGACUACCUGGACCUGAGAAACCGACUUAAAGCACAGCAGGUUUGCCUGGAGACCUGCUCAGUACAGGACCACCUCCUCUCUGGUACCAUCCAGGUCAGGAACAUCUGCUAUGAGAAGUCUGUCGUGGUCCGAAUCACGUUUGAUUCCUGGAACUCCUUCCAGGACUUCAAGUGCCAGUACCUGAACAACGUCUACGGCUGCCCCGACACUGACACCUUCACCUUCUCCGUCUCUGUACCGCAGGACCUGAUUUCCUUCGGUGGAGUGGAGUUCUGCAUCAAGUACCAGACAAAAGAGCACACCUACUGGGAUAACAACCUGGGGAACAACUACCGGUUAACUACGGUGGAUCCCACCGGCCGUCCAAACUGGAUUUCUGAGAGGAGCACAGGGCAGCAAACUCCUAGGGACAGACAAAAGAUGGACAAGAUGGACUUUGAUCCGUUUGGAAGUCCCAGGACAUCAGCAGGGAUCUUCCCUGAGUGGCAGAGCUGGGGGCGAGUGGAGACCAGUGCCCCCUACUGGUGAGACGUUUUAAUUGGACUGAUUUUUAUCCUGCAGAUAUUCACCAGAGCUGACACGUUAUACUGUAGACCAGAGCACUGCUUUCACGCCAUUCCUUCACAUGCUGAAGUUUUGAACCGCAUUCAGAGGACUGCUGACCUCUGCAGUUCUAACUCCGUAACCUGGAAGGCAGCAGAACCACUAAAGGAACCUGUUCCAGAGAAAUGCUGCUCUAGGCUGCCACCUAAAGAUGCAUCAGAACCAAUACAAGACCCUCGGGAUGAGUCCAGUUUCAGAGCCGUUCUACACUUGGCCCUGAUGAUACUGGAACAGGACCAAUGCUGGAUUCUCAGGAGCAAAAUCUUUGGCAUCCCUUGGUUGGAAAUAUGCAAAUAAAACAUUCUGGGGACUUUAGGAGAAGACCUCAAUGAUCCAUCAAAGGUCCAAAGUGAGUUUGAGAGCUCAGAACUCCACGCUGUUCAGGAGAAUUUCUGAAUUGGACUUCAGAUCCUCAGGACUUCAUCCAAGUCUAACUUGUGCUUCAAUGAAGCGUUCUGAACCAAGACUCCAAAGAUCCAUACUAUGUUCUCUUCAUGAUGUCACGUCAGCUGGUUUGUGAUCAUCUAAGACCUUGGCCUCAUCAGCAUUGUGGAUCAGAGCAGUCUUUUUGGGUUCAGGGUGCCAGGAGAACAUCUUUGUGUCCCUUAUCAACCUUUUAGAGGUACAUCGUGCUCACCUUUGACUUCACACAGUUGGGCUCUACAACGGUCCUGAUCCAAACCUAGCAGACACAUUUCCAGUGAGGUUUGGGUCAGGAUGCUGGGCAUGUUUUUAAAUGUUCUAGCACCAAACCUGCUCCAGAACCAGGUUUUGGGAUUUUAAAAAUCACUUUGGACUCUUAUUGCUGUUUUGGACCAUGAGUGUAUCACAAGUUCACAUGUUGGAUUUUAGCUGAUCCUAAAAAGUUAGUGUUGGUGUACUGAUGUGGGUUCUGGUUUCCACCGUGACCAGCAGGUCUGUUUGGACUCGACUUUUAUAGAAAACUUUGCAGUUUGAAACUUUUUAUAGUGCAACUGUUUCUGGGAAUGCUGCAAUUUUGACCCAUCAGGACUAAGGAGAACCUGUAGCUUUAAUGUUUUAGAUUCAUCAACCACUGUGGGUCAGAACCAGCAAAUCAGAACCAGUCAGAACCCCUCUUGGGGUCACAACCUGGAGAUCAGAACCAGUAUCUGUGCAGAAAGAUUUGGACUGGUGGUCCAGGUGUUGCUCCACAAACCUCGUUAGAUUUAGCUCAUUUCCUGUUGAAGCUCCAUUCCUUGCUGUCAUGGUAACUACUGUACCUCACCUUCCUGAUGCCUUUAAUACCUGAAAACACUGCAGUGCUCUUACCUGGAAACGUGCGUGGUUGGGUAACGUUAACCUUUUGCUCCGCCUGCAGACACAGAGAUGUUCAGGAGGGCGUUGAAUGCCUAGUGCUGCGUUCAGGUUCCAGCCGCUGCAGCUUCAGGAUGGGCAAAGUCACAGAAUGUAGCACAUGGAUGACGUUUAACUUUGAGUUAGUUUUGUCACUGUAACAGACUGAGUAUGAUGAAAUAAUGUAUUUCCUGUUGUAACAGGAAGUGAUGACUGAUCCUUUUGUUGUUUCUCCUUUCAGAGUAAAAGUUUAAUAAAGUUGAUUAAAUGUCA